AUGAGAUUCACAGACAUAUCCCUCGCGGUCCUCGCCGCCGCCCACCCCGCAACCUCCACGCCCCUCCAAUGGGCCAAGCGCCAAUUCGGCGGCUUCCCCGGCUUCGGCGGCGGCGGUGCUGGAGCCGUCAGCGGCGAAAUCACCGUCGACCUAACCAAGACCUACCAAAAGAUGGACGGGUUCGGCUUCUCCCUGGCCUUCCAGCGCGCCAACCUCAUCACCAACAACCCGAGCGAGAAGAACCGCGACGAGCUCAUGGACCUGCUCUUCAGCACCGAGAAGGGCGCCGGGUUUUCGAUCCUCCGGAACGGUAUCGGGAGUUCGCUCUCGAGCGAGAGCGAUUGGAUGAAUACUUUUGCGCCGGAUAAUCCGGGGAGUCCGACGGCGGAGCCGACGUAUAAGUGGGACGGGAAGGAUAGUGGGCAGCUUUGGGUUGCGAAGACGGCGGUUGAGAAGUAUGGGUUGAAGUAUGUUUAUGGGAACGCGUGGAGCCCGCCGUUUUACAUGAAGACCAACAAUAACGAAAACAACGGUGGAAACCUCAAGACGGAGUGGUACCAGGCCUUUGCCAACUACCUCGUCCAAUACGUCAAGUUCUACGCCGAAGCAGGAGUGAACAUUACGCAUCUCGGUCCCAUGAACGAGCCUGACUUUUCCGCCUCCUACGCCUCAGCCCUCUGGAACGGCAACCAAGCCGCCGAAUUCAUCAAAGUCCUCCAGCCCACAAUCGAGCGCGAAGGCCUCGCCUCGCAAGUCGGCAUCGCCUGCUGCGAAACCGGCGGCUUCAGCCAAGCCGGGGCCAUGGUCAACGCCAUCAAGGGCGCGGGACAAGAGUCGAGCCUCAAGGCGGUGACGACGCACACGUACCUCAGCGCGGCGAACGGGCAGAUCAACACGGUGGCUCCCGUGUGGUUCUCGGAGCAGUGCGAUUUGAACGGGCAGUGGUCUACGGCCUGGACCGGGGGAGGGGCCGGGGCUGGGUUGACGUGGGCGAAUAAUAUUAUGGAUGCUAUUAUGAAUCACAAUGCUGGAGGGUAUCUUUAUUGGGAGGGGGUUCAGUGGCCGAAUCCGAACACGAAUGAAAAAAUCAUCCGCGUGGACCAGCAAACAGGCAACUACGAAGUAGCAACCCGCCUCUGGGCCUUCGCCAACUGGUCCCGCUUCGUCCGCCCCAACGCCGUCCGCGUCGGCACAUCGGGCGGCUCCGGCGUGCGCGUGGCGGCCUUCAAGAACGAGGACGGCUCUGUGGCCGUCGUGCUCAUCAGCCAGGGCGGCGCGGGCGACAUCACGGUCAAAGUUAGUGGAGACGGCGCGCCGACGGGGAAGGCUACGGCUUGGGCUUCGGAUAAUGAGAGGAAGUGCGCGGAGGUGGAGGUUACGGUUGCGGAUGGGGCUGUUACUGCUGCUGUUGGGCAGAGUUCGAUUACGACGAUCCAUAUUGCAGCGGCGGAGGCUGAGGCUGAGGCUCCGGCUGCUGAGGUGCCUGCGGAACCGGCUACACCUGCUGAUCCUGCCGAGCCUGCCGAAUCUGCUACGCCUUCUGCACCUGCCGAGCCUGCCGAAUCUGCUACGCCUUCUACACCUGCGGAGCCGUGA